AUGAGUAAAUCCAUUCAGCUUGGAAAGUACUUCAAGUAUAGAUCACAGCUUCAUUGUGGGAAGAGGUUCAGAUAUAGUAACAGUCUUCAGUAUCAUAAAAGAACCCACACAGGGGAGAAACCGUAUGAAUGCUCAGAGUGUGGAAAGAGAUACACUCAUAGUGGCAGUCUUAAAGUGCAUAAAAGAACCCACACCAGGGAGAAACGUUUGGAAUGCUCAGAGUGUGGAAAGAGAUUCAGUCUGAGGUCCUGUCUUCAAAAGCAUCAAAGAACCCACACAGGGGAGAAACCUUUUGAAUGUUUGGAGUGUGGAAAGAGAUUCCGUCAUAAUGGCAGUCUUCUAGUGCAUACAAGAACCCACACAGGGGAAAAGCCAUUUGAAUGCGUAGAGUGCGGAAAGGGAUUCAGUACACAUAGCCAUCUUAGGUAUCAUCAAAGAACCCAUACAGGCGUCAAACCUUUUGAAUGUUCAGAGUGUGGAAAGAGAUUCAUUCAGAGUAGCCAUCUUCAAGACCAUAAAAGAACUCACACAGGGGAGAAACCUUUUGAAUGCUCAGAGUGUGGGAAGAGAUUCAGUACACAUAGCCAUCUUCAAAAGCAUCAAAGAACCCACACAGGGGAGAAACUUUUUCACUGCUUAGAGUGUGGAAAAAGAUUCAGUGCACGUAGCUAUCUUAGGUAUCAUCAAAGAACCCACACAGGCGUCAAACCUUUUGAAUGUUCAGAGUGUGGAAAGAGAUUCAUUCAGAAGUGUGGAAAGAUAUUACGUACAAAUAGAAAUCUUCAAGUGCACCGAAGAAGCCACACAGGGGAGAAACCUUUUGAAUGUUUGGAGUGUGGAAAGAGAUUCAGUCAAAGUAGCGGUCUUAAAGUGCAUCAAAGGACCCACACAGGGGAGAAACCAUUUGAAUGCUCAGAAUGUGGAAAGAGAUUUGGUCGGAGUGGCUAUCUUAAAGACCAUAAAAGAACGCACACAGGGGAGAAACCUUUUGAAUGCUCUCAGUGUGGAAAGAGAUUCAGGCAGAGGGGGUAUUUUAACAUGCAUAAGAAAACCCAUACAGGAGAGAAAACGUUUGAAUGCUUUGAAUGCAGAAAGAGAUUCAUUGACAGUUCUAGUCUUCUACAGCAUCAGAGAACUCACAUGGGAAAACCUUUUGAAUCCUAG